AUGGCAGAAUCAUCGCCUCAGCCUUCAAAUGCGCCCUCGCGGUCAUUUCGCUCUUUCAUCUGGGACACGGAUACGCACCUGAAGAGUCAUGAGGAGCGUGUAUUGCUUCGCAAGUUGGAUUGGUCAAUCUUGACUAUAGGAUGCUUAGGCUUCUUCAUGAAGUAUCUCGACCAGGGAAACCUCGCAAACGCCUACGUCUCAGGAAUGCAGGAGGACCUCAAGAUGUUUGCCAAUGAGUAUACGUAUGCUCAAAUGGUUUACACAUGCGCCUAUGCUGUGAUGCAAAUUCCAAGUACUUUGAUUGUUCAGAAGAUUAGGCCGAGCAUCUGGUUGGCCGCAAUGGAAGUCGGAUGGGGUAUCUUUACAUUUGCCCAGGCAGGGACGCAGAACGUUGGUCAGCUCUACGCAUUUCGCUUCCUUGUCGGAUUCUUUGAAAGCUCUUUCUUUCCUGUCUUACUUUAUGUACUUGGAAGUUGGUACACCAAGACUGAGCUUGCAAAGAGAGUCGCCAUAUUUCAUAUGACAGCUCCUCUUGGAUCGGCUUUUGGUGGAUACCUGCAAGCAGCAGUUUACAAGAGCCUAGACGGUGCUCAUGGCCACGCAGGGUGGCGAUGGUUGUACAUCGUCUGCGGGUGCAUGACGAUUCCCGUCGGCGUUGCGACCCUAUUCGUCUUACCGGAUACACCGUACACGACCAAGUCGAAGUUUCUGACCGCCAAAGAAUGCGAGCUAGCCAUUGAUCGAGUAACGAAGGCUGGUAAAGCGGCACCUGCAGGAGUCACCUUGGCUACUUUCAAAAGAGUCCUUUUGAAGUGGAGGUGGUACGCUUUUGUCUUGGGCUACGUCCUCUACGGUGAAUCUUGCCAGUCGGGUGGAUAUUUCGCCAUCUGGCUCAAGGCAGAGAAAUUUUCGGUUGUAGACAGGAACGUCAUCCCAACCGGCUCAAAGCUCAUCAGUGCUUUCUGUAUCAUUCUCUGGGGGUUCCUGUCGGACUACACGGGAAGCCGCUUUGCAUUGAUCAUCUGCCCAUUGGUGCUGGCCUUGAUCCCAAACGGCAUCUUGGCUUUUUGGCCGCCAAGCGUGCAGCUGAAGUUGUUUGCUUUCCUGACGAGCAGUGUGCAUCUCAUGACGGCGGUUUUCUACACUUGGGCGAAUGAAAUAUGUGCCGGCGACAAUGAGGAGCGCGCUUUGGUCAUCAGUAGUAUGAAUGGAAUGCAAUAUGCCGUCGACGCAUGGCUUCCCCUUGUCAUUUUCCCGCAAACCAUGGCUCCAACCUUUAGUGAGUUCUCGAAGACGUUUACUUUGUCUCUAUCAACAGUCGCGAGCAUCAAGUAUCAGUUACAACUUGCAGGAGCACGUUCUUGA